AUGACUGGUAUUGGCAGGUGUGCGAAGGCCAUGGUCUAUAUACAUGUGAAAGGGGUUACGAGUCAUCCUUGCGUAGCCAGGGUGGUAGUGGCGAUAGUGCGUGGCCCUGUUAGCGGUGGCGAUAGUGGCGAUGGUGGCGAGGGUGGCCCUGGUGGCGGUAGCCAUGGUGGUUACGAGGGUGGUUUCCUUACACUUGCCUCGUGCCCCGCUAACCUUGACGUCGUAUUUCUCGCGAUAAUUAGAGAAAAGAAAGUAGAGAAGAGUCCGUCGUCGGCGGCGAGCAGCGAAGGCUCGCAAGAAGGCGGCGUCCGCCUGUUCAUGUCGCUGCUGGGAGCAGGCCAAGUGCUCCUCUACGGGUACUCGCUGGUGCCUUCUACGGCGAAGAAGUUAGAGAAGGCUGGCGCGCCUCUCGCGAGAGAGGCCGCCGAGCUGGCAAAGUCUGAGGUUCGUAACGUGCCAGUUACAGACCCCUUUAUCGACCCCAAGACGCCAGAGGGCCUGGGGCAGCGUUAUCGCCGCUCCCUGUUUGAUGUUUAA